AUGGCGGCUUCGCCAGAAUCAUUCCUUAUAGAACAACUUGUUCGUCUUCGGAAUGAGGCUUCUCAUCCAGACUCCGCUCAACACCUAUCCUCCCUCUUAUCCUCUCACAAUGGUCCCUGGCCCCCAAAGCACCUUCUUCCUUGCUUUAAGGAUAUAUACAAAGCCCUUCCUGAAUCAUUGAAGGCCAACAAUGAUGAAUUCAUCGCUGGCCUCCGUGCUCAGGUCAAAGCUGCCACCCCCGAUGUGGCAUCGCUGAUUGGAACAGACAACCGUGCUGGCUUUAUUGAUGCCACUACAGGGAGGCAUCUUACACAUGGUGCCAUCCAGCAGUUUGUGCACAACUUCCAGUUACCUAUUGGACUUUCCCAGCAUGGCAAGCCUCGUAUCGCUGUCAUCCUACCUAAUGGCCCUCUGAUGGCCAUUGCAGUUCUCGCUUUCACAAACAGGUAUACUAUUGCACCUAUGGCGUCGAACACAGUGCCAGAGCAGCUUCACAUGGACAUUGAACAGUGCCAAGCUGAUGCUGUUGUCGCAUUGGACUCUGAUAUUGGCAAGCUGGGCUUGGAUAAUGGUAGUCGGCCUGUGUUUGGUGUCGAGCCUCUAGAGGAUCUAACUUUCCGUGUCAUCUCUGAGCGACAUGCUUCUGGUGCUUCAAAUAUUCCCGCCAAUGUUGGCGAUGAUAUUGCAAUUAUUCUUUUCACCAGUGGUACCAGUGGUAAGAAGAAGCUGGUCCCUAUCACGAUUUAUAACCUCAUCGCGGGUACGAUGGCCACAAUUGAAUCGGUCGAACUGUCCGAAGCAGACACAUGUCUCAACAUGAUGCCGCUUAACCAUGUGUACUGGUGGUAUCAUUCGAAGUAUCUUCUCCCCCUCCUCGCUGGUGGCGCAACGAUCUGCUGCCCCGCCUUCGACCCCAGCAUGUUCUGGGAUGCUGUCGAAAGCCCUUACAUGACACCAACUUGGUACUAUGCCACGCCUACAAUGCACCAGAUGAUCCUCGGUGAAGCCAAGCACCGUCCCGAGGCCGUCAAGCAAAGUGUCAUUAAGUUUAUCUGUAACGCCGGUGCUGGUCUCCCACCGACGCUUGCCGCCCAGCUUCAUGAUACUUUCCACAGCGUUAUCCUGCCCAGUUAUGGUAUGACUGAGUGCAUGCCCAUUGCUGCACCGCCCAAAGACUAUACUCUUGAUCGUCAUGGCACUUCCGGACGGAUUGUUGGUCCUGAGGUUGCAAUUAUGAACGAUGGAACUCCUGUGGCUAGUCCUGGUAUGCUCGGACACAUCUGUAUUCGAGGAUCACCCGCCUUCGAGGGAUACUUGACCCCCGAAGGCAAGAUUGAUACCAGCGCAUUUGAUGCGGCUGGCUGGUUCGAUACUGGUGACCUGGGAUACCUCGACACUGACAACUACCUGUACAUCACUGGUCGCAGCAAGGAAGUCAUUAACCGUGGUGGUGAAAUUAUCUCUCCUGUCGAAGUGGAAGACGCCGUGCUGGCCGCGGCUAGAGAUCCAAAUUCUCCACUGUAUGGCCGCGUGUCCGAGACACUGGCCUUCUCCGUCCCAGAUGAGGUGCUCCAAGAAGUCGUCGGUGCGGUUAUCACUUGCCCCCCCGGAGUUCCUCGCCCAGAUCUUCGCAUGCUGCAUGAGGCGUUGCAUCCCAUCAUCCACCAGCCUAAGUGGCCCGUUUUGAUCACAUACAUGGAUCGCGUCCCCAAGUCAAACAACAAGAUCCAGCGUAUCAAGCUUGCAGAGCGGUUAGGUCUGGAGGCACUCACCCCGACCACCCCUCUGGCCGACCGACACUUCGAGGCUAUCUGCCCGCCCAACGGCACCUCACUCAGUACACCCAUUAGCAAGAAGCGAUGCAUCGUUGACGAGGAAGCCAUCCGGUCGGUUCUGUCUGAGAAGGCUAGUACCCCUGAUUUGCACAUCCACACACACCCUCGCGACGGGUUCGCGCAGGCUGUGUUAUUCGGCAAGAGCCCGGAUGAUGAGCCUAUCACACCCGAAGACCUUCGCAGCGACCUCGACGGCUAUCUCAUUCCCAGCCGUAUCACCUCCCUCGAAGGCCCCAUGCCUAUCGAUGCCUUCGGAAAUCCUGACCAGGCUGCCAUUGAAGAGGCGGUUCGCGCCCGUUACUCGGAUGGCGAUUUGACACCCAUUCAACGCCGUAUCCGUGAGAUCUUCGCUACGGCUUUGUCUUGUGGAGCAGAUGAUGUUUCUGCGGCGACCGACUUCUUUGCCGCUGGCGGUGACAGUCUCAGUGCUGGUCGUUUGGUUUCGCAGCUUCGUCGUGAAUUCAAUGUUUUCCUUGCUGGUGACAUUCUUUUCCACCAUAGCACUGUUGGUGAGGUGGAGGACAAGAUCGCUGAAGCGGUUGAGAUCAAGGCUGCCAAAGGUGAUGAGGAAGAGGUUGAGCUGCCCGGUUGCGAGAAGACAUAUAGCAGCACUAACCCGCUUCUCCUGGUGCUGCAUCUGUUCCCGGUCAUGCUGUUUGCUCCGAUGAAGCGUGCCUUCCAGUGGUUGGUCUUCGCAUAUGUCAUGGCCGAGUGCUCAACCCGUUUCCCUAUCAGUGACGUUCUCAUUGGUCGUGUUGUCCUGAUUGUUCUGGCUGUGUUGUCCGCUCGUGUGGCUGGACACAUCGUGUUCCCUAUCUGUGGUCUUACCUUCAAAUGGCUUGUGAUCGGUCGCUACAAGGAGGGUAUCUUCCCCAUGUGGGGCCCAUACCACACUCGCUGGUGGUUAACCCAGAAGGCAUUACAGAUCUGUGGCAAGGGUAUGUUCGCUCGCUUCAACUGGUCCCGCGUGCUCUUCUACCGUCUGCUUGGUGCAAAGAUUGGCAAGAAUGUCACUCUUCACCCGAUGGUCAAGUUUGGUGAAUAUGAUCUGGUCGAGAUUGGUGACAACGUCAUAAUGGACGUUUGCCAGUGCCGUCCCUUUGGCGUGGAACGCAAUACCUCCAUGCUCCUCAAACGCAUUUCUAUUGGUAAGGACUCAUCCGUGGGUACCAAAUCCAUCCUUGCACCAGGUGCUGUUGUCCCCGAGAACACUUGCAUUGGUCCCAACUCGUCCAGCUGGGAACUUCAGGACGCUGAUGAAUCCAACCGCGACUUGCUUUCCUCCCGCAUCCCUCAGCCGCACUGGAUUUGGUCCAUUAUUCUCAUCGAGCCCAUCAAGAUGCUUGUCUGGGUUGCUUCUCGUCUGACCUGGAUGGGUGGUCUUGUACCCAUGGUGUACUCCUAUCCUACAACCUCGCCUGACAUGUUCCUGGGUACCCUGAAAUGGUUCACCAGCAGCCAGCGAAUUGGAUACCACAUUACCGCCAAGAUCUGUCGUGCUAUCGGUAGCCCGAUUGUGCAAUUCAUCGCCGUCUUGAUUAUCAAGUGUCUUCUCGAUCUCUUCUGUGGUAAACCCAAGCCUGGUCCUGCCUCGAAGCAGACUCAGCGCCAGAAGGUUCGGAGCGCUGUGCUAUCCCAGAUCCUGCCGGCCGGUGACAUUCACGAACUGACCCGUCUUGUCGGUCGCCACUACGAGGCUGUCUCAAUUGCCGUCCGUCUCCUAGGUGGUAAAGUUGGAAAGCGUGUCUACUGGCCCAGUGUUGGUCCCGCUGUUCCCGACUUCGACCUUGUCGAGGUUGGAAAUGAUGUUGUCUUCGGUUCCCGCUCGACAAUUGUUACAUCCGAUGGAUAUGGUCGUGAUCGUGUCACAAUCGGAGAUGGCACUAUGGUCGGCGACCGUGUCGUCGCUCUGCCUGGUACCACUAUCGGUCGCGAAGCCAUGAUCGGUUCUGGUGCUUUACUCCGCCGCAAUGGCGACUUCCCCUCGAACACCAUUUGGACCGGUAGCAAGGGAGGUAAUGCGGUGCAAUUUCCAACCAGCUCACCCCCAAUGUCGAAUGCUCCCACUGUAGUCGACAGCAGCAGUGGCAGCAGCACGAACGGCGACAGCGAUGACGAAAAGCGCGGAGAUUACGAGAAGUCGUUCAGCGAGAAGCAGACCGCUCUUGGUGAGAAGAAACAGCCCACUGAGAUCGAGACGGAUACCUGCAAACCUUUCGGUCGCGCAUUCUACCGUCACGAGUCGAACUACUAUGUUCUCCGUAUCUGGCAAAUAAUAGUUUACUCCGUCAUCGCCGUCGUCUUCACAACCGUCUUCUGGAUCAUCUCAAUCCCACUUUCCCUCUUUGCUCUGCGUGGUGCUCUAACAUACAGCACCUCCGAAGCCCUCCAGCCUGGCCCAUGGCGCCCAUUUGUCAACUACGGUAUUCUUGCUGCAGUCCUGGCGGGUAUCAGUACCGUGCAAGUCUUCAUAGCCCUCGCUCUCGUCAUCAGCAUCAAAUGGAUGGUAAUGGGCCGUCGCCAGGAAGGCAGCUUCCACUGGGACAAGAGCAGCUAUAAUCAGCGCUGGCAAUUCCUCCUCUCUUGUGAGACAAUCAUCAAGGACUGUUACGGCAAAUUGGGUCUUCUUCCAUUGUUGAGUGGAACUGCCUGGGUUGUCUGGUAUUAUCGCCUCCUCGGCGCGAAAAUUGGAAAGGAUUGUGCUAUCCACGCGAACGGCACACCGAACAUCUUCUUCACUGAGCCUGACCUUCUUACUCUUGGUGACCGUGUCGCCGUUGACGAUGCCAGUCUAGUUUGCCACUUGAAUUCUCGUGGUGAAUUUGAGUUGCAUCCCUUGAACGUUGGAGACCGAAGUAUCUUGCGCGCUGGUUCGCGCUUGAUGUCUGGUGCUUCGAUGGGCCAGGAUGCUUGUCUUUUGGAACAUACAUUGGUACUGUCUGGUGACCAUGUCGAAGAUGGAAACACUAUGCAGGGUUGGCCUGCUGGACCCUUCGAGGGCACACGUGUUUAA